CUCUUGCUUGUGCUGCUACUCCUGGUUGAAAACAGCUGAGUUGGAGCUAUGGAGAUGAACAUUUCUUGCAUUUAUUCCAACCAUGCAUGCCCUUCUUCUCCCCUUGUUUUUAACUAUCUAGGUCAUCUAUAGAGUUGCUUUGACAGCAUGGAACAAAUGGAUGUAGCUCUAAAGCCAGUGCCAAGCACAGAGAGGGUGAAAUUGGCAGCUUUCAGCAUAUGCUGUAAGGUAACCGUUGCUAUCGUAUUUGUGGGUGGCAUUGCUGGCCUAUCCUUCAUGAUCCUAUUGGCCUGUCAUCCUAGACGAGAGCUCAGCUUUGAGCACACUGUGGAGCUAAGAGGAAUCGUGUAUGACAACAGCUUACAAAGGGAGACAUCGGACUACUACCGAAUGCUGACCCCCACUCUGGAAAGGCUGGUGAGUUGGAACCUGCCCACUUCCCAACCUUUGAGCUCCAGCUUGGAGGAAGAGGCACUCACACGUGGGCUAACAGAAGCACUGAACAAACAGGGUAUCCCUCUGGCUACCUAUGGGACUAUAUCCUCAGCCUUUCUCACAAUUAACCAUCUCUUUCCUGUUCGUCUAGGCAGUUGCCCUGGAAAUACAUUUGCUUGUAAGAACAGCCAGUGUGUAUGGAAAGAGAACCCAGAGUGUGAUGGCCACGCUGACUGCUUGGAUGCCUCUGAUGAGGCAGACUGUGACUGUGGGAGUCGACCCGCCAUGCAGACAGCCAACAGGAUUGUGGGAGGCUCCAAAGCCUCCAGAGGGGAGUUUCCAUGGCAAGUCAGCCUGAGGGAAAACAACGAGCAUUUCUGUGGUGCAGCCAUCCUCACUGAGAAGUGGCUGGUGUCUGCUGCUCACUGCUUUAAUGAGUUUCAGGACCCAAAGGUCUGGGCUGCCUAUGCAGGAACCACCUCUCUCAGUGGCAUCGACCCCAGCACUGUGAAAGCUGGCAUUGCACAGAUAAUCACACACCCUUCUUAUAAUGCGGAUACUGCUGAUUUUGACGUGGCUGUGCUGGAGCUUGCAAGUCCUAUGGCCUUUAACAAGUACAUCCAGCCCGUGUGCCUACCAGGAGCUGGGCACCACUUCCCUGCUGGCAAGAAAUGUCUCAUCUCUGGCUGGGGCUACCUUAAGGAAGACUUUUUGGUAAAACCAGAGACCUUGCAGAAGGCGACAGUGGAGCUGCUGGACCAGGUGUUGUGCUCUAGCCUGUAUAGCUAUGCCCUCACUGACAGGAUGGUGUGCGCUGGCUACUUGGAGGGGAAAAUUGAUUCAUGCCAGGGUGACUCUGGUGGCCCCCUGGUUUGUGAAGAACCAUCUGGCAAGUUUUUCCUAGCAGGCAUCGUGAGCUGGGGAAUCGGCUGUGCUGAAGCCAGGCGACCAGGAGUUUAUGCCCGAGUGACAAAGCUCAGAGACUGGAUCCUUGAUGCUGUCUCUGCCUCCCCUGCCUUCACAGCACUCACCCUCCCAGAAACACCUUCUAGCACAAACAGCAGUUCUGCCACCACUGAAGGGAUCAGCAACAGCAUCACCAGCACUCCUAGAGCUAUCUCCACUAUCUCCUCAACCCCAGCCACCAGCAAGUCAGCUACCACUGCCAGGCCUCAAGGUAUUGUGCCCCUACAAUGGUCAAUCUCUCUGACUAGUUUCAAUGAAUGUGGUGGACGACCUGGUCUCUCUAAACCCAACAAGAUUGUGGGAGGAUUCAAUGCUUCCAGAGGAGAGAUCCCCUGGCAAGUCAGCCUGAAGGAAGGGUCGAGACAUUUCUGUGGAGCCACCGUCGUUGGAGAGCGCUGGCUCCUGUCAGCAGCUCACUGUUUCAAUCAGACAAAGCUGGAAUAUAUCAAAGCCUACAUAGGAACCACAUCAUUAAAUGGAGCAGAUGGCAACACAGUGAAAGUCAGUAUAAAGAAAGUGGUGCAGCACCCUUCCUACAAUCCUAUCAUCCUGGACUUUGAUGUUGCUGUAUUAGAACUGGCAAGUCCCCUGCUCUUCAACAAAUACAUCCAGCCUGUGUGUCUCCCUCUAGCUGUGCAGAAGUUCCCUGUUGGCAAGAAGUGCAUGAUUUCUGGAUGGGGAAAUAUCCAAGAAGGCAACAUCACCAAGCCUGAAAGCCUGCAGAAAGCCUCUGUUGGCAUCAUUGAUCAGAAGACCUGCAACGUCCUCUACAACUUUUCCCUUACUGACAGGAUGAUCUGUGCUGGCUUCCUAGAAGGGAAGGUCGACUCAUGCCAGGGGGACUCAGGGGGACCACUGGCCUGCGAGGAGACCCCAGGUGUGUUUUAUCUGGCUGGCAUUGUGAGCUGGGGAAUUGGUUGUGCCCAAGCCAAGAAGCCAGGGGUGUACUCCAGGAUAACCAAGCUUAAAGACUGGAUCCUCGACAUCAUCUCACCCUUGCCUGCCCCUGAAGCAGGCACCUCACCCAGCCCAGCCACUACAAGAGCUUGCACCACAACCAGCUCCACAGCCUGGAUCAGCACCAGCACCAGCAAAGCAGCUACAAGCCCAGCUGACAGGACAACCAGCAAAGCAGCAGCCACCACUAGCACCACCACCAGGAAAGCAACUGCUGCUGUUCCAAAGACAAGUGGUCCUGCCAAACCUACCCAGCUGCCAGAUUGUGGCAUGACUCCUGCUGUAGCCUUCAAUAAGAUUGUCGGCGGAAGUGCUGCAGCUCGGGGUGAGUGGCCCUGGCAGGUCAGUCUCUGGCUUCGGCGAAAGGAGCACAAGUGUGGAGCCGUCCUCAUCGCUGAAAAGUGGCUACUUUCAGCAGCUCAUUGCUUUGAUGUCUACAGUGACCCCAAGAUGUGGGUGGCCUUUCUGGGGACACCUUUCCUGACCGACAUUGAUGGGAGGGUGGAGAAAAUCUACCGCAUCUACAAGCACCCAUUCUACAAUGUUUACACCCUGGACUACGAUGUGGCACUGUUGGAGCUAACUACGCCUAUGAAAUACACCAGCACCAUCAAACCCAUCUGUCUCCCAGACAACUCUCAUAUGUUCCGGGAAGGCUCAAGAUGCUUCAUCACAGGCUGGGGCUCCACCAAGGAAGGAGGCUUUAUGUCCAAACAACUGCAAAAAGCAGCCGUAAAUGUAAUUGGUGAUCAGGCCUGCAAGAAGUUUUACCCCAUCCAGAUCAGCAGCAGGAUGGUGUGUGCUGGCUUUCCACAGGGCACUGUCGACAGCUGUUCGGGCGAUGCAGGUGGCCCCUUGGCAUGCAAGGAACCUUCAGGAAGAUGGUUUCUCGCUGGAAUCACAAGCUGGGGCUAUGGCUGUGCAAGGCCAUACUUCCCUGGUGUUUACACCAAAGUAACAGCUGUCCGGGGCUGGAUUGCACAGAACCUCAAGCUGUAAAGUUGCAGUCUCCACUCAGGGAAGGAGAAGUGGAAGGUGGAGUGUUCUCCAGGGACCUGGUGCAUUAACCUCUUAGCCCACACACAUUUUAUUGAUGCUGCCAAGGGAUGAAGACAGCACAAAGCCACGGGAGGACAAUCCUGAUGCUGCGCAACCUGCCGCAGUCUCAACACCAGGGCAUUCAAUAAUCAGAGCUUGCUUUGCAUAUAAUGGUGCGAUUCUAGAGAAUGUUUUCUAUAAAUAAAGAGGCCUGUUCUAUUCAAGGCCUGAUGGGGGCAUUAUCUACAAGGGCCAGGCCCAUCAAGAACCCAGGCUACAUGGAACAGGCACUGAUCACUGUCACCACUACAGCCAGGAGACGCAUGCUUCUGGCAGGCAAUUUGCUAAUGCAACACAGUAGUCAGAUGUGUUCGUUAUUACUGUAUGUGCCCAUACACAUGCCAGUAGGUGUCUGUGUAGACCCCAUCACUCCAAAGGCAUCUGCCAGGUACAAGGAAAAUAAGUGAAACAAAAUUCAUAUGUCCAGAGUUGUGACCCAGUACAUGUCUCAAGCACUGCAAUACAAUCAGUGACCAGCUACUGAGCAAGGUGUCCCUUCACCCCAGAAGCAGCCAAAACACAACCCCACAAAUGCCAAAGAUCCUUAGUGGAGCCCCCAGGUAUGAAGCAUGAUUAUCUUCCAUCUAGACAUCAUGCUGCAGCACUGAAGUGUGGACCAUUCCCAAGUACAGUGCUUGAGCUAUCACAGCAUGAAGUUGUGCAGGACUCAUGUGCAGUUUCUUGGAUUGGCCAGUUGCAUACAACUUGUAGCUCUCUUUGGAAGGUUGUGCUAGUAAAGCUGGUUGGGUUCCAAUAUAUAUUGAAUAUAUAUUAUAUUGAAUAUUCAGAUGGCAAACUUCACCCCUAACUUGUCUUAUACAAACACAAUUUGUGCCAACCCUGCAGAUGCAGAGAUUGGCACAAGAAACAAGGGGGAGUUCCCACUGUUAUAUAGAAAAUCACAGGGGUAAGGGUCACAAGACAACAGGCCAAAGGAGGGAACAGGUAAAAGAUAAGGACCAUGAUAACAUAUACCCAGCACCUUAAUUUCCCCCACACCUCCAGAGGCAUCCCCAAACAAGCCUUUAGUCCUGAAGCUCUCAAACAGCAGGCUACAGCUGCCCUCAAGUCUGAGUCCAGCUCCUUCCAUCCACAGUCCUGGCUGACCAAGCCAGCUGGAUCUCUAGCUCCACGGUGUGCUCGUUUUAUGUAGGGCUAACCAGGAUCCAUAUUCCCCACUGCUCUCUCUUCCCCUUAGGAACACGGGAUUGAGUUGUCACUGCACUUGACUUUUUCCAUACUUUGCCACCUAAUUCAGUCAUCAGCCUAAAUUCAGGCAUCUGGACUCCGGAUUCUAUGUCUGGGGAAGAGUUAGGAACCUCAGACUGGUAUCCACACCAGCAGCACAAUGGUGGAGGGCCAUCCAAGUACAAUACAGCAUGCUGAAAAGAGGCCCAGGGCCUAAGCCCCAACUCUAAGAAGUACCAUGCUUUCUCACAUUUGACACACCUGACAUACCUGAACAUAAUACACACUUUGUUUUUGAAAGGCAGAAUGAAGAAAAAAUGUUUUUUCUAGAUUUAUAGUUGCAUGGAGCAGGGACACAGUCUAAUCUUCAGCUUACUCACUCUCCCUUUCCUGCUUAACCAAAAUUGAAACCUUAGCUGCUCCUGAAGACUGGUUUCCAUGAGUGGAUCUAUGAUUUUGAAAAGAGCUAUUGAGUCUCCAAGGCUGUGAAAUAGAGAGAGAUCAGAGCAACCAGUAGGCAGCAAAAUUGCUCUAAGGAAGGUAGGAGAGACAACUGUUAACAUCUCUGGAACAAACAAGGGACCUUUCAGUCCACUGAUUCCCUCAGCUGCCUGAAUAGCAAUGCAACAGCUGCUCCACUGUGAAGCCAGAAUCAAAGCCGGAUGCCUCUACCCCAAGCAGAAAAUCAGAUUCCCUACUUCA